AUGUGGACACUUUUCUUGAACAGUGGUCGGAUUAUGGUUGGUGCUCGUCCGCUGGCUGAUGGUGGAUUGCUCGUCAUGCUCGAUGGUCGGAAUCAUUCUGUAUAUUGGAGAGAGGAAGUAGGCGCGCUGCGUCUCAUGGUCGACACCAAGACGUGUUUAAUUGAGCAGGAGAAUGACCCCACGCAACUCAGCAGCCCGAGCCCUGGCAAGCUUGUCAGGUUCCUUAUCGAUAGCGGCGACCACAUCAACGCUGGCGAGACCUAUGCAGAAAUCGAGGUCAUGAAGAUAUAUAUGCCACUGGUAGCUGCUGAGGACGGCGUAGUCCAGUUUGUCAAGCAACCUGGUGUCAGCCUUGAGCCUGGUGACAUUCUUGGCAUCCUCACCCUCGAUGAGCCAGCCCGCGCCUCCUCCCUCCUAUGGGUCUCCCUGGCAUCAUUGGCAACAAGACCUAUCAGCAUUUCGAUGAGUACACCAAACGACAUUCUUGAGGGUAAUGACAACCAGGUGAUCAUGGCCUCGACCUUCAAGGACCUCAUCGAGAUGCUGCAGCUCUUGAAUCCAAGUAAGGUCCUGUAUUUUUUUCGUGUUUAA